AUGCAAGUAUUAUCACAACUAUAGCAAUCUAAUACUUUAAUAUUAGUUAAUGAUUAUGUAGAUGCUCUUCGAUUAAUCAAAUGCAUCAUUCCAUAUUACGAAGGUAAAAACAUAGAAUUAAAAGAAGAAAUAAAAACAAAGUUGCAAUCUGAUUGGACUCCUGAAGAAAAAUGCCUUAUAAAGCUUGAAAAUAAAAUGGAAUUACAUACCAAAUAUUAUCUUGCUAAGACAAAUAUUUACAUAUUGAAAUACGAUAUUGCAAUUUAAGAUGGUGAAGAUGAAAUUAUAAAAGAUAUUUAAAAAAAAAAGUUGAAAUUUGACUCAAUAUUUUUCUAUGUUACUGCUUUAGCAUCUAAGCAAAUAUACGGACAUGAUAAGUUUUGUUAAAUUGCAGACAAGUUUAAUUUAACUUUCUAACCUUAAAUACAAACUUUAGUUUACCAAAAACCAGAUGAGUUGGAGAUCGAUAUUGACUAUAUUAUAAAACAAGAAGAAGGACUAGAAAGCUUUACUGAAAGUGUUUAUGAAGAUUUUAAAAAAUUAAGUGAAUAAGAUUAAAUAGUAAAACCAAGAGCCAAGUCUAUGCUAGAAGAAACUGAUGGAAUAGCCAGAAUAAUAGAUAUUUUGGAGUCUAAUGUAUGGACUGACUCAGAAAUGUUUAAAGUGGAAAAAAAGCAAAAUCUAGAAUAAUAGCACACUAAACUUAAUAUACAUAUACCUACAUAUGAAAAGAAUAAGGAUAUUCGUGAAAAAUAUGAAAAAUAUGGAAAUAAUAAUGAUGAUGAAGAAGAGGAAGAAAUAAAUUUAGAAAAAUAAAAUAAUAUCUUAAAGGUAAAUAAAAAUGAGGAGAUUGAAAAAUAGGAGUUAAAAGAUAAAAAAUAGGAAGUCAAAGAAGUAAAUUCUAAUUAGGAAUAGAAAUAGCAAAUGGAAAUCGAUAACAAAAAGUAAGAAGAGUAAUAAUUAAGUAAGGAGAAUGAGCAGUUGAACAAUAAUGAUACCAAUAAGAAUAUAAAUAGUAACUAAAUACCUGAAUAAAAAGAAGAUAAUAAGACAAAAGAACAAGAAGAAAAUAAAUCAAAAGAUUCAAAAAACAAACAAAAUAAGUAAAAUAUAAAAUAUGAUAACGAUGAUGAUGAAGAAAUCUAAGAAAACACUCUCAAUGAUUUUGUAAAAAUCCUUUCACAAAUGAAGGGCUUGAAAGAUAACUCGUAAUAAUUACCUGAUGAAAAAAGAAAAGAGAAUGCUGAAAAGUUUAUUUUAAAUUUAAUGCAAACAUUAGGGUUAGAUGAAGAAAGUGAUGAUGAUAAUUGA